ACAGGGGGCGGGGCGGAGAGUUAGAGGCCUGGGGUACAUGGCAGGUUUGUCUCUGUCUCAUGUUUUUAUACGGUGCGCAGUUGUAAUCCAAGUUGUUUGUCUUCUCCAGGCUUUGGUGCUCACUCGCCUCAGAUAUUUCACUGGAUUUUGUGAUCCAGGAGACUAUGAGAUUCAUCGGCUGAGAGUGUGGUUGGCAAAGAUAGGAUUUAUUGCCCAUUCAAAAUUGCCCUUGAGAAGGCAGUGAGCUGUCUUCUUGAAUAUAUUUGAGUUGCCUACAAAGCUAUUUCAGAGGAUCUUCUCAGCCAUGGAGCCUGAAAAUCUUGAAGUCCGUUGCCUUGUCAAACAAGCAAUCAUUACCCUGUCUUCCUCCAGGGACAGUGCAGAAAUCACACGUAGCUUACGGUCUAUGAAGCAGUACCUGGGAGAACCUGAAUCUCCUGCACCCUCGCCAAAGAGCGAAGAAUUUGUAAACACACACUACUCUCAUUUCCUACGGGUCCUGACCAGUAAUCUCAGUGCUGAUUGGCUGCUGUUGCUGCCCAUUGACCAGGAAAAAGAAUUAUUUGAUUACUUCUUUCUGAAUGGCCCGCCCCAUCAAGCAUACCUGGUGCUGCUGGACACCAUCACUGCUACCAGCCCAAGCUUACGACAGGAGCGAUGUGUGCAGAUCCUGGAGCAGUUCCUGCGAGAGGGUCGGAUGGCCCUGUUGAUCUGGGAAGUUUGUCUCAAACACUCCUCGCCACACACAGCUAGUCUGCGAGAGACAUUGCUGAACAAAAUCUCUGCGUUGCCAGAUCACAUGGCAAACAAACUGGAGAAGAACAACAGAGCGAUAUUCUACCCCAAGGACUACUACCCACUGUUGGGACAGGAUAUGCUCUCUGUGUUGGAGAGAACUUGUGAACGACUAAAAGGUGGGAUGGACUGCUCUCUCUCUUUCGUGUCUCAGCUUUUGGGGAAGGUCUGCGUACAAGGACACACUGAUGCAGUUCUGCAAAUGUUGGUGCCGAGGCUCACUGUUCUUACCCAAUCGGAUUGCAUUUGGCAGCGAAUCUGUUGGCGAUUAGUGGAGAAUGUGCCAGAACGUUGGAUGGAGAAUGUGGUUUCUGGUCUGGUUCGAUUGGCAGCUGGGCCUGAGGUGUUGUCGAGGUUGCUAGGCAGCAUCGUGCUGAAGAACAAGAAGGCCGAGUUUGUCUUAACACACAAAUUCCUGCUCUUGCAAUAUCAGCAUAAGAACUCUGUGCUACAAAGUUUGCUGGGAUAUCUGGCUGGUGAGAAAUCUCGGGGCUGCUUAUUGAUCGAGGUGCUGAAGAAGUUGCUAGAGACCUGGGGUAACAGCAGUGCUCUGAGACACACCCCCAUAGAACAGCAGCUCUACAUCAGCAAAGCCAUUGUCAUCAGCCUAGCACAACUCACCAACUCUCAGGUACAGGAGCACAAAGCAGAGCUGCUCUCUGGGAUGAUGACUGGGAUGGAGUGUCACCUGGACAGUAACCUAACCCGUGUUCGCCAGCUAGGGAUGGUUGUUGCGGAAUGCCUUAGUGCAAGGUUGAACUCUGGGGAUCACAGGCUCAAGUUCCAGUACGUGGAAGACGAUGAGUCAAGGGAACUCCAGUCACUGUCCACCCCAAGGCCGCUGUCAAGCUGGGAGGCCCCUCCACAGCAGCAUAGAGAUGGAGGUUCACAGAUAGAGAGCAGACAGAAUGCGGCAGAGGGCAGACAGAAAAUGGCAGAGAGCAGACAACCAGUGCAAAGAGUGCCGGACACAGAGUCAGAGUCUGAACUCGACAGUGAUGAUGAACUGAUUCCAUAUGACCUGUCGAUUGACACUGAGCUACAGAGGAGUCGAGCCCCAGUCUACAUCAAUGACUGUGUGGAAGUCCUGAUGACAUCUGCAGACCCAGAGCGAAUUGAAAUCACUUUGAAGGUUGUGGAAAACUUGGUUAGAAAAAAUCCAACUGCAAGUAGAGAGGUCAGUGUGCAGUUUGCAAAGAUUCUUCUCCACCUUGAGGACAAAUUUAACAUCACUGGGUUCGUGGGGCUGCGACAGCGAGGGCUGGUAGCAAUCACUGUCACUGACAUCAUUCCUGUCACUCAAUAUCUCACCUCGGAGUUCUAUGCUGUGAAUUAUAGCCUGUCUCAACGUCUGGACAUCCUAGAUGUCCUGGCAUUGGCUGCCCAGGAAUUAUCCCAGCCUGACAGCAGCCAGAAAACAGCCAAUGAGAGCCCCUUCAUUGAGCUCCUGAGGAAAGGAGCUUCUGAUCUGCAUGACCCCAGUCAACAGUGGAAGAAGAUCAUCAAGGAAAGGAUAGAAAACAAGACCCGUCGCUUUGCCAAAGGAACAUCAAGACCAGAACCCAAGGCUGUUCCCAACAGGCUGAGCUCAGUAGCUGGACAUUUCUUCUUCCCCCUAAUCAAGAAUUAUGACAGGCCACAGACACCGUUUGACUUCCUGGCUGAACAGCCUCUGAUGAUGGGACGUCUAAUUCACACACUGGCAAUUCUGAUGUACUUUUCUGUGAAUAUCCCGAUCGCCAUCCACAUGGGGAAAGCUCUGCUGGACUUCAUCUGGGCUGUUCGGUAUCACAGAGACACGUAUGUGCGGCAGGGCACACUGUUCGCUGUCUCCUCGGUGCUACUGAGUGUUCCCAGCCACCUCCUCCUGACUGAAGUUCCGGAUGAACUCCUGGAACUGAGAUUCUGGCUUGCAGAUGUUGCUGAGAAUGAUCCAGAUGAAGUAUGCCGUGGGUCAGCCUUGCAGAGUUUGCUCUUACUGGAAAACUUCAAGAAGAAACUUGGUGACAUUAAAGAAUAAUUGGACAUCUCACCCAGACUCAUCCAUUAACAUACCUGGAAACUGCAAAGGACACUUCUUGUAAUCACCAUGAACUGGAGUGUGAGUCACCGCCUGAUUCUGGCCUUAGACAGAAGGCUUCACCAGCAAUUGCACGGACUGCAAGAUUCAGGAGCUAGGGGACAGGAGGGGGAGAUACCAAUAAACUGAACGUCCUUUGAGGCUGACAUGGGUGAGAAGUCUGAACCCAUAAUGUUUUAUCCCCCAUGUUUGGUAGUAGUUACAGAACUGUUAGCUCAAGGGGCUCAGUGAAGUGUUAAACUAUCAAUGGAAUAGUGGAUAAUGGUCUCGCAGUUCCACAUCUAAUACGUCUGUGCACAUUUGCAGACUUGUUAUUUUUCUGACCUGGAGGUGCAGUCAUCGAGUCUCUCUGGGAACCUAUGUACAUCCUAUCUUUGUCUCUGAUGAAGGUGCCGAUUCUCACUAGGGUUUAUCUCUUUUUUUCUCUCUCUCUCUCUCUCUCCCUGUGGGGUGUGGCCACAUGGUGUUUCAGGUUGCUCAACAUUGAAGUGCGUCGUUGCUGAUCCUGAUGACCACAUGUGCAAUUUAAGCAGGAAUUGAGCAACAAGGAGUGGGAAUUAUGCCUAAAUUCUCCCUAAAUUGGAGAGACCAAAGUAAAUCAUACCACAAAUAAUGCAACAGAGUGAACUUGUGACUUCCUAGCUUGUGUCAAUAAACACCACACAACAUGGUAUAUUUAACCCACUGCAGCAGUGACCAUCUGUGUAAGUUAACAAAUGCUGUUAGGGUGAGAAAGAAAGAGCCAGAUGGGUUAGUGAUUCAUUUGAGGCCUUUUCCUUCUGCUGUUCAGUGAUUUGUUCAGUUUUAUCCAUGUGACUAUCUUCAUGGCCAAAGUGAGUUUAUCAAGUUGUGUCAGCUGAGUUGUACGGUCUAGAAGUCUCAGCUUUCCUUCCCUUCCUGUGCUGAACUAGUGACUACCUCCUUGGGGAAAGGGGCACAGUUGGCCUCAGUGCCAGAGCUGGGAGAAUUGGCCAGAAGAACUCCCAUAUUUUCCCAGCACCAAAACCUCUUGCAGCAGAUUAAGUGUGAGCAGCAUUGAGGACCAAUCUGCUUUCAGAUUCAGGGAAAUAUUUCUUGUGCUGAUCAACACAACCUGGGGUUUCUUGUAUUUUCAGAAUAAAUAUUUUUUUCUCACUCA